AUGUUCUCUGCUUGGUCUGUCGGGCUUGUGCGCAUAUUCGGUGAGAAUGGGCCUCCUCCGUGUUUGAAGAUGAGUGACAAGAUGAACCAAUUUCAAUUAUUUCCACCCCCAUCGCCCGAGGUAAAUCGGUCUAAUAACCCGUUUCGCAAAGCUGGGAAGAAACCAGUAACUACAUCUGAGCCGGCCUCUUCGAUCCCUCUUCAGGAGAUCAAGGAUACUAGCAAGACUGAAUCCUUACUGCUUCAGAUUAUCGAAGACACUCAGGGUAUUCCACCUCCACCACCAGGAGAUGCUUCAAGAUCCAAAUCCCCGCCGGCUAUGGCGGGAGCAUCCCGUGAUUCCAAGUCCCCUCAAUCUAUGCACAGUCAGAAUCGUCAAGCCAAGGGAGUGAACCAGCAGCCUUUGCAUUCACAUGCUAGUCAAAGCAGCAGCAGUAGCAGCCAUCACACUACGGCGUCAACUGUCUCUCCGCAAUCGUCGCAAUCGUCUGCUACCUCGGUCCCGAUGAGAUCCAUGUUCCCCCAGUUCGAUCCAAAACUGCCUUUCAAUCAGCAGGCAUAUCACCCACAGGUUCCAGAUGCCCCACGGCCCGUCAAGUCUUCCCGGAAGCCUCCUAAGCUUACGCUGUCAACAAAUACUGAGAUUGAUCAUGUUCUCGGGCCGAAGACUGUACCUGCGAGUGUGCUCAACUUCCCAACUGGUGCUUUGGAGUCCGAGGAGGUUACAUACUCAUCCAUGGAGGAACUGAAGAUACUAUGGGAAACGGCCAACGGCCAGAGAACGCGAGAUCUUGUUGGGACAUUGAACCUACGCAUGACAAAGACGGGGCCAGCUACAUUCACCCUCGGCAACUCCCAGAACCCGUUGUACACACUACAAACAUAUUCAACAAACGAACUCGCCCUAAGUAGAUGCGAUCCUUCUCGGCCCAACCACGACGUCCCAAUCAUGAUUAUGAGUCUUGAAGACCGCAUACGCCGCGAGCAUCCCAACGACGGACUCGUGACCCUAUUAUUCUCUCGACUAGCCGCCAUGUUGGCAAUAGACCAAGCCGAUGAGAUCAGCAAGCAACACCACCUAACUCCCGCCGAGACGGCAGAAGUAGAAACCGAUGCGCUCAAACGGGCCGCAGCACAAGAGUCCUGCCGGCUCUCCUGGAACCGCCAUCAACGACUGUAUGAGCUGAGACACCCGUAUCUCUCAAGACACAACCCACCCGCUCUUGUGGGCGCUGUCGGAAUUCCACUCUCCCCGGUGCGAUCGCAAUCUUCAGGAAUGGUGCACAUCACAGUCUCCGCGCCGUCAGGAGAUGCCUCUCCUCGUCAGCCACCAACAAUCAUUGUUACUGGCCCAGUGUCUUCAACGGCAAUGGAAGCCGCUCAGCAAGCUGCUAAUCUACGCACAUCCGUACUCCCUGUCACGGACUUUGACGAGCCGCUUGCAUCCUUGGACUUCGCUACGAAAACAUUUUCGAUUUCUCCGGCUGCUGUUAUGGCUACUAUUCCCUCUUUAUACGCCAUCGACUCUCUCAUCGCUGCGAUGCUGGCAGUUGCCGUCUCAGACGAAGCCACGAACCCGAUCCUUGCAGAUAUGGUUCUCGGAUCGCCAAAGUCGUCUAGACCACCCACCUCCCACAAUCCUGGCCCUUACUCGAUGCCUGUGUUUCAGGGUAAAUUGGUGACUACGGUGGCUGAGCGCGAAGACGCAGCAGAGAGCAUGAACUUGGCAUCGCAGAUUAAAUCAGCGCAGAAAAAGUCCAAAGAGGCGUCGGGAAAGAAGGGUCUUUUCACGUUCUGGAACCGAUCCCCUUCCAAGCCUCAGGAAAAUAGUCGAAGAUCGAAGAAGAAUAAAAACAAGCAGGUUGUGGUUGAGGAGUUUGACUUGGAGAAGUAUGGUCGAUAUGGGAAUAGUUCGUCUCGAGAGGGAGAGAAGUUGCCCGGGCUUACUCGCACUAUCUUGCGUAUACUGUUCUUUGGCUUGGAUUUGAUUGUGAAAGGGUUGACGCUUAUUGUGAAGAUCUUGGCUUGGUUGUUGGUCAAUUCGACGCGUUGUGUGACCAGUGAGAAGUUCUGA